GAGAAAUUGAAUUUGGAGGGUAAAGACUCGAAUCUGCCUCCCGUCUUUCAGGCAACGACCUCCCCAACGUCUUCACAAUUUCCUCAAGACAUAUGCCAUUGACGGCGUAGACGACAACCCGAUACUCGUCCUCUUUUUUGGCCAGCUGCCGAGAACCAGACCUGUUGCACCGAGAGCCAACGACUAUAGGUGCCAUCGUCCACCAAGACAAUACUCGACGCUUCCUCUCUCGCAAGUGUUUUUGCAUGCCAGCUUUCGUCGGCGACAACAACGUCCCAGGAGCUACCUAUAGGGGAACAACCAGAGACCUUGUCAUCAUGGAAGAAAAACCGGCAGAUCAGCGCCCAGACAUUCACGACCAGUCUGAUGCACAUGGCCCCGAGCUUGUUCAACGUUCAACAGAAGAAGCUAAGCCGUUGCAAAGACAUGCCAGCGUCUACGAUGCUGUUGCAGGAAGAAUCGUAUUUGACACCACAUUGAAUGCCGCUGUUCAGGAUGAGAAGACGCCUCACGCCAACUCCAAACCGCCCAGGCUGACUAGACAUCCCAUCAACGCUUCCGCGUUAGCCCCGGAAGAGGUUCUGUUCCGCCGCAAGUCAGCACCCGAGCGCUUUGCCGAGUUCGAUGUCUACAUGGCACAUGACCGGAACCUCACAGACGGUGGCCGCACAUCCCUGCCCGACUCUGAUCUUCUCAAAUCCGUACACACCUAUGCGAGCUACUUUUAUUCUGCCCUUGGCGGCCCAAAGCGCAAUCUCUUGUACCAAGUUGGCGCUCGCAAUAUUGACGAGAGAAGUAUGGAUGAGUCGGCCUUAAUCGCCUUGGGCAUUUUGCUCGAAGAGGCUGGCAGAGACGUCUUAGGAAGCAAAGGAGACAUGGUUUUCACCGAGGGCCUCCAAUUACCCGAGGACAGCAACCCGACGUAUCAAGAACCACGCGCCGCGACCAACACGCCAACUCAUCCUGUGCUUGGACACGUGAGCCGGGAGACAGCCCCUGUCGGUUUCGCUGACGUUGGGUCCUGGAAAAGGGCAACUAAACGACAAAAACUGAGCGAUCCCGAUAAUGCCUAGAGCCUCUCUGAAUCUCUCACUUUCCGAGAUGUUGGUUCCAACACUCCCCGCCAAACCCUUAUCACCGCUCGACUUGCUGGCACUUUUGCACUUGGCGACCGUUGCCAGCAACCCGGAACAAGUAUGGAUCCUCAUUUAGCGAUCGAGUGAGCAAUCGAGACACGGCAACUCGGCAUCUGGUGCUUGCGUGCACGGGGACGGUUGUGGACUUACACAGCCUUAUCCAUUGUUUGCUCUUGAAAGAAAGAGUAGCAAAUAUAUCGGUCACAAGAUCCACGGCACGCUCGACACGAAUAUUCGGGCGUGGUCAGCGAUGGCAUAUCCCAACGAUGACCGAGUGCAGAAGUUCGUUCCGUAAUGAACCACCCAUCGAAUCAGCUGUCGCUAGACACCCAGUCACUGCCAGGAUCCGCCAUCUAACUUCUAAGCAGCCUCGAUCCCAUACAUGGAGCGCUUGGAACAGCUGGCUCAUUGACGGAAUGAUCCUAACUUCGCAAACGCUCCACGCCCGACAACGCCGCAUGUUUUCUCCUUUCGUUUGUUCAAGAGACAUAGCAAGCUUACCUUGCCUACCACGGAUAAGUGUCCCGCUGUAUCUAUGUACUUCUCGUGGGCCCCGAUUUCUCUUUUCCGCGACUUUGUAUGGAGGAAAUACGUCGUGGCCAAGUCCGAUGAAGUUUGUUGGAACACAGGUUUCGCUUAGCAAGAUGCCCACCAAGACUCGGGACAGAAACCAGAAGUUGUUUGCGAUAGACUCUCAGCGCCUGCCAUACCCACCAGUUUGCGCGCCAACCGUCUGCUGUCGACCGCUUUUGUACGACAUCAUCUAUGCUCGAGCGAACUUUGACGAAUCGAAGCAGCUCUUGACGUCAGACGCUAUGUAGUCUAUUUCUAGGACUAGACGAAAGGCUUUUUUGCCAACUUCCUAAGCGCAGCAGAAACAAGGGGAGCAGCCCAGGGUCAUUCACAAUUUGACUUAUGUCGGCAUGGAAAGAGAAGAGUGCGAGGUCGGAGUGAAAGUCCCUGUCAAACCUUGGAAGUCUACCUCGAUACCAAGCCAGACCAGGCGAUGGAAAAUGGCGUCGACACAAUCUCCCCGUCCAUCGUCGGCGACCUUUCACCAUAGACACCGCAGAGCUCAUACCUGUAACCAACUGCCAUCAAGAUUGAAUCCACUAUGCGUCAAGCCCAAGGGAAAAGGAAUCUAGACAUCGC